AAUACAGAUCAGAAUUAUCACGGAGAGGAUGCCGGCCAAGAGGAGGACUGCAAGUGCGGCGUCGACCAGCAAAAAUAGCGAUUCCCCGUUGAGUCCACGGUCAGACGAUCCAGCGUACCAAGAAAAGAGAAAGAAAAACAAUGAGGCUGUACAGCGCACACGCGAAAAGACCAAGAAAUCGGCCGAGGAACGGAAGAAACGCAUCGACGAGCUGAAAAGGCAAAACGACGCCCUAAAAGUCCAGAUAGAGCAGGGCGACAAACAUAUAGCCACUCUGAGAGAUCUGAUCAUUCAGGGCGAGAAAACGGAGGACGGCCACCGCAUCAUCCAGGAGAUUCUCGCCGGACCGGAUCCAGAUGACAAUGACUAACGAGGAGCUGCUGCUGAUUUACUUUAUAAUAUUUACGUACUUUUAAGCCGUAUUUACUACCAUGUUAGUCUUAACUGUUCAACUAAUUCGGUAUAGCUUCUCGAAUUCCAUUAACAUUUUUAUGUACGAUCUGCUCUUAACUUCCAUUGGUAACAAAUUCUUCAGAACUGGUGAAAUGUUAAUGAUUCAAGAACAAAAUAUGUGAAGAUUUUCAAAACCACAUAAAAUAAAGUAGUUAUAAUAAGUCUGUGCAAUGUUUUUUACUA